GUUACUGUCGGUCAUUCAUCCUGACGCGGUCCCGCUGACGUCUUGGUUUCUGAGAGCUAGCAUCACAUACCUCUUGUGUCAAUCCUUUCCAUUGAGUCGUCUGGAUGCAUGUGCUGCUACCUGUCCCAUCUGUAAUUACUGCCACCUGCCGUGGCAAUCAUUCCACAACCUGAGAGCUGAACCGUCUGAACUCUCCUUGACACAGACACUUCUCCCUCAAGUCUCUCUUUCUCUCCACUUCUGCCUCACCUUCAACCAUGAUGUUCAAAGUUGACAUGCAUUACAUAGUCUUCUUGCCUGUGUACCUAUUGAUGUGGCUGUACACUCUCAUCACGUUUAUCCCAUGGUAUUUCCUCACUAAUGCUGGAAAAAAGAAAGCCAUGGCCAAGAGAGAGAAAGCCAAGUCCACCACAGGCAAAGCAGAGGGCCCCUAUCGUUGUGUGGAGAACUUUGACAACCUGGCCCGGGAGGACUUUGAGGGAAAGGACACUCUAGACAAGCUGUUUGAGCAUGCAGUGCAGCGCUUCGGCAACACAGACUGCCUGGGUACCAGGGAGCUCCUAAAUGAGGAGAACGAGAUGCAACCCAGCGGCAAGAUCUUUAAGAAGCUGAUCCUGGGGGAGUACAGGUGGCUGUCCUAUGACGAGGUGGACCAGAUCAUCAGCCAUCUAGGUAGUGGACUGGCAGCCCUGGGCCAGCAGCCCAAGAGUACCAUCGCCAUCUUCUGUGAGACACGGGCAGAGUGGAUGAUCACUGCACAGGCCUGCUUCAGACGCAACUUUCCAUUGGUCACUCUGUAUGCCACCCUGGGGGAGGAAGCGGUGGCCUUUGGGCUUAAUGAGUGUGGGGCCACACACCUGAUCACCAGCGCAGAGCUACUGGAGACUAAACUCAAGAAUGUUUUGCCAGAUAUGCUCAACCUGAAGCACGUUAUAUAUGUGGACAACAAGAGCAUCAGCCGGACGGGCUACCCUGAGGGCAUUCAGAUCUACAGCAUGCAGGCAGUACAGGAGUUGGGAGCCAAACCUGACAACUUGAGUGUAGCUGUGCAGCGCCCCCAACCCACAGAUCUGGCUGUGGUCAUGUACACCAGCGGCUCCACAGGACGACCCAAAGGAGUCAUGAUCAUCCACAGCAACCUGAUCGCUGGCAUGACGGGCCAGUGUGAGAGGAUCCCCGGAUUGGGGCCAAAGGAUACCUACAUUGGCUACCUGCCUCUAGCUCAUGUGCUGGAAAUGACUGCUGAAAUCUCAUGUAUGACGUAUGGCUGCAGGAUUGGCUACUCUUCUCCACAAACACUCUCUGACCAGUCAACAAAAAUCAAGAAGGGCAGUAAAGGAGACUGCUCUGUGUUGAGGCCUACUCUGAUGGCAGCUGUACCGGAAAUAAUGGACCGCAUCUAUAAGAAUGUGAUGAACAAGGUGCAGGAGAUGAGCUAUGUGCAGAGGACUCUGUUUAAACUGGGCUACAACUACAAACUGGAACAGAUCAAAAUGGGCUACGAUGCCCCACUCUGCAACAUGCUGCUGUUUAAGAAGGUGAAGGCUCUGCUGGGAGGGAACAUCAGGAUGAUGCUGUCAGGAGGAGCGCCCCUGUCCUCCGCCACCCAGCGCUUCAUGAACAUCUGCUUCUGUUGCCCCGUGGGACAGGGCUAUGGCCUCACAGAGACCUGUGGAGCAGGUACCAUCACAGAGGUUGCAGACUACAGCACUGGCAGAGUAGGAGCCCCCCUCAUCUGCUGUGAGGUGAAACUACGAGACUGGGUUGAGGGUGGAUACACCAGCCAGGACCAACCCCACCCCCGUGGAGAGAUCAUGAUUGGUGGGCCCAACGUUACCAUGGGUUACUAUAAGAGCGAGCACCUGAACAAUGACUUCUGGGUAGAUGAGCAGGGCCAGAGGUGGUUUUGUACCGGGGAUGUGGGGGAGAUCCACUCUGAUGGCUGUCUGCAGAUAGUGGACCGUAAGAAGGACCUGGUCAAACUGCAGGCUGGAGAAUAUGUAUCCUUGGGGAAAGUGGAGUCUGCUCUGAAGAACUGCCCCCUUAUUGACAACAUCUGUGCAUAUGCAAACAGUGAUCAGAACUACGUGAUAAGCUUUGUGGUACCGAACCAGAAGCAGCUGACAACUCUGGCCAAUAACAACGGCAUAAGUGUUGCCUGGGAGGAGAUCUGUAACCACCCAGUCAUGGAGAAGGAGGUCCUGAAGGCCAUCAAAGAGGUGGCUGCCUCAAUCAAACUGCAGCGUUUUGAGAUCCCAGUGAAAGUGCGUCUAAGCCCAGAGCCAUGGACCCCUGAGACUGGCCUGGUGACAGAUGCAUUCAAAUUGAAGAGGAAGGAGCUGAAGAAUCACUUUCAGACUGAUAUAGAGAGAAUGUACGGAGGGAAGUAGAGCCACCAUCUGAUCUAACCAAAGAACAGUUUCCUUACAACUUUCACCAGUGAUGUGUCUGAAUAAUAAUAAUACUAUUUAUUUGUAUUGCGCUUUUCAUAAGAGUUAUUUCUAAGCUCUACAGAAAAAACCCCACUUGGGUGUAAAAAACAUUAGGAACACCUUCUUAAUAUUGAGUUGCACCACGUUUUGCCCUCAGAAUAGUCUCAAUUUGUCAGGGCAUGGACUCUACAAGGUGUUGAAAGUGUUCCACAGGGAUGCUGGCCCAUGUUGACUCCAAUGCUUCACACAGUUGUCAAAUUGGCUGGAUGUCCUUUGGGUGGUGGACCAUUCUUGAUGCACACAGGAAACUGUUGUGUGUGAAAAACCCAGCAGUGUUGCAGUUCUUGACACACUCAAACCGGUGCGCCUGGCACCUACUACCAUACCCCAUUCAAAGGCAUUUCAAUAUUGUUCCUUGCCCAUUCACCCUCUGCAUGGCACACAUACAUAAUCCAUGUCUCAAUUGUCUCAAGGCUUAAAUAUUUUCUUGAACCUAUUUCCUCCCCUUAAUCUCCACUGAUUGAAAUGGACUUAACAGGUGACAUCAAUAAGGGAACAUAGCUUUCACCUUGAUUCACCUGGGCAGUCUAUGUUAUGGAAAGAGCAGGUGUUCCUAAUAUCUGUACACUCCCGUGUUUAAACACAACAUACAUUUAGAAUCAAGGCAGGUAAAAUAGCAAUAAUGGUCAAGGUGCGAUUAUUAUUUUUUGCUUCGGACUAGGACUGAAAAAGACUGUAGAAGUGGAAUAUAAGGCCCGUUUUAAAAGUUUAGAGUGAUGGAGAGGCGCUCAGGUCGUCAGGGAGAGCAUUCCAUAGGAGAGGGACUAGGGAGCAGAAGGCUCAGUCCCCAUAGUUCGGAAUGUGUGUAAAUAUGCUCGCGUGUGUUUGCAUAUGCUUCAAAGCAUUAUGCCUGUGAACUGUAGAAUUUGUCGUUCCACACCAUCUCUUUUGUCAAAUUAUGAAUGUCAGUCCAUAAAGUCCAGCACAGAGGGAUCAGCUGGUUAGUUACAGCUAUUUGGGUACAUGUAGUUGUCUCCAUGCUUGGGGGCAAUUGGCAAUGCAAGUCUUGUAUUUGCAUAUUGUAAUUUGCCUUUGGAAUGUAUUUUUUUUUUGUCUAAGGAAGUUAGGUGUCAUAAUGUCUUAUGAAUUGGCCAUUGUCAAUUUUAGAAAUUUCCUGUAGCUGUAAGACAGAGUUGGGCAAUUGGCGGCCCCCGAUCAAUUUCCAAAUACAGGGCAGCCCCCCCCCAAAAAAAGUAUUUUCAUUAUAAAUUUUAGGGACUCAUUCGGGGGCCCCACUUGAGUGUUAGAAUAGUAAAAUACACAAGGUGCAAUUUCUAAAUUUGGUGUGCAUUAGUAGUUUUUCUGUUAUUCAAUCAGUCACCAACAGUCACUCAAUUAGCCAUGUCAGCUAACAAUUUUUAGAUUAAGUCUUUCCAGCUUUCUAAACUUGUAGUAAUCGUGGUCGAAUUCCGAUCAGGCACGUGACCAGGGCUCCUAUUGAUUUAGUUAAUCACUCUCACUCAAAUACAGUUAUAGCUGAUUUCAGGAUUGUAUAUCGAUUUGCAAAAUGUGUAAAAUUUCAGGAAAUUAGCUUUAAAACGGAAAAGAUUUCUCUCCCCCAUAGCAAAAUUGUUAGAAUUGCGGGAAAUAUGCUGUAAAACUGUCAUUUUUGUUCUCUCUGCCCCAGGACAAAAUGUGUAGAAUUGCAGGAAAUGUACUUUAAAAUGUACAUUUUUCUCUUCACCGUCAAAUCUUGCUGAGGGCCCCCAAAAGGCUAGGUCUGGCCCUGGCUACUGGAAUAAAGUGGUGAGGAGGAGCUUUGUAGACCCAUACUCUCUGGAAGUAAUUUAUCCAGCCAAACUAGCAUAUUUAUAGCCAGCUAGUUUAGUCAAAUCAAAUUGUCUCAUGAGCCGACUACAAGUGUAGACUUCACUGUGAAAUGCUUACUUACGAGCGCUUUCCCAACAAUGCAGAGUUAAAAAGUAAGACAAUAUUAGCAAAAAGGGACAACCAUGGAAAACAAGCUCUGGACAGGAUAUAGCUGAGCGCACAUGUGCACUAGGCUAGUUCAGGACACAGAGAUUGUAGUUUUUAUGCCCUAAUAUCAGGAGCUGGUGGGGGAAAGUAAGAUUAAACAAUUCAGACACUGAAACAAGUACAUCAGAUGGCACAAAUUUAAGGAGAGCAAAUUGAUAUACAAUCCAAAAAUCAGCUGUAACUGUCAAUAGUAAAACAAAGCUUAAAACUAUAUUUGAUUAAAACUGAAUCCAUAAAAUGAAUGGUGAAGUCACUUCCGGACACGGUAGCGUCCUCCUCACCACUUGUUAAACUACUUAACUCUCUUAAGUAAAUGAACUGCACAAAUGGAUUGAUUGAACAAAUCAGUUGACUGCAUGUGUGGGUAUGGAUGUGAGUACGCAGAUCCGCAAGCCACUGUGGCCCAUCAGGAUAAAUUCAGAGUUUCUUUGUGGCCCCCACUCCCAUCAAUGUUGCCCAUACCUGCUAACCUACUGGAAGUAUGAUGAAAAAAAACAUUAUGCUGCCCCCUAGUGUGCAAGCCCCCACAGUGCUGCUGUAUACAUUUGCUUGUUCGAAACAUAGGUUCACAUUACUGCCACAAGACUGCUGAGACCCCACAAUCCUUCAGGCUAUUGCACAAAAAUGAAACCUGAGUGUAAUUUUGGAAAUUUCUGUCACUUGUACUUGUUUUAAUUUUGGUUUUCAUGUUUUAAACCAGCUCAUGGCAUUGUCAUGGUGACACAACCCAACCCAAGCAUGUCACGUUAUGUUUUGGAUUUUUCAGGUACUAGGUCUGGUAUGGUGAAUAUCAUUCUUGCUAUGUUACAGAAUGGAUUAUCAUUUCUGUUUGAAGAUGGUCCUUUAGCCUCUUUGUUUCAUGCUGAUCUCUACCGACACCUCUGUUUUUGUAUACUGUACAAUAUUUAUAGACUUCGUUUAUAUGUUUCAAGUCAUCUUUAUAAUGUAAUAUUUCUACAUUUCCAACCUCUGGAUCUGCCAAUUUAAUAGUCUGUAUUCUCUUGAAUAAUUGUAUAUUUAUCAAGAUAUGAAGUACUCAAUAUAAUUCAAUGCAAUUUUUUAGAUGCUGUUAAAUCCAAUUGAGUAGCAUGUGUAAAUAAAACUUGAAUGUAAAGAUGUUGUAUGCAUAUACAUUAAGGUCAAGUUAAAUGUUGAGCCAUUUAAGAAAAAAAUGAAUUUAAUUCUAUUGAAUUGUUUAAAGGUCACAAUUGUGCUUCUUGAAACUUUGUGUGAAACAUUGACGAAAAUGCUGUGAAUAGGCAAGUUUGCUUCAAAUGUACAGACAUACAAAGCUCAUGAGUUAUAGCAUUCUGAAGCUUUUUAAUGUCGCAUAUAAUGCAGUAAGAGGGAAUUUAUGGUGUUGUGACCAACUGAAACAUGCAAAUUAAUGCCAAAAAUGUAUAUUCCAGGAUGCAUUCAUAUCAUAAAAUGAACUAUCCCAAUUGAGCCAUCCUCUGGCCAACACAUUGGGAUAAAACAAAGACACUGUUAGCCAUGAUACGACUCUAAUCCAUGAUGUCAUAUUACAGCCCUGUUCCAAUAGGAGUGAGAAAGGUCAAAAAGCCACUACAUGUUUUUUGUCAAUGUUUAAUUUUUUACACUCAGGGUUAACUAUACAUCAACCAAGAAUGCACUGCAGUAGUAAUUAUUUUGAGAACAUUUCAUCUUAUGUUAAUUGUGAAGCACUUCAUUGGUUUAUAUUGAUGUUUUGUCAGCUCAUUUGUAUUAUUUAUAAAAAUCUGUUACGUGUAUGAAACAAUGUGUGAUAAGGGAUGGGCAGUGUGUACAUUCUGGUGAAGUCAUUUUCUGUACAUGUACUUUUUAUAUGAAUAUAUUAAAGCUUUCUGCCCACUGUAAAA